UCACAGCGGCGGCGACAUCGGGGACGCGAGCAGGGCGGUGACUGUGUGGGAGGUGUUUUCACUCUUGGGGAAGCUGCUGGGCACCGUCGCCGCGCUGAAGGUCGUUCUGUUCCUGCUCCGGGUGUGCUUAGCGAUGGCCUGGAAGUCCGGCGGCGCCAGCCACUCGGAGCUGAUCCACAACCUCCGCAAAAAUGGAAUCAUCAAGACAGAUAAAGUGUUUGAAGUAAUGCUGGCCACAGACCGCUCCCACUAUGCAAAAUGUAACCCUUACAUGGAUUCUCCACAAUCAAUAGGUUUCCAGGCCACAAUCAGUGCUCCACACAUGCAUGCGUAUGCACUAGAACUUCUGUUUGAUCAGUUGCAUGAAGGAGCUAAAGCUCUUGAUGUAGGAUCUGGAAGUGGAAUCCUUACUGCGUGUUUUGCACGUAUGGUCGGACCUACUGGAAAAGUCAUAGGAAUCGACCACAUUAAAGAGUUGGUAGACGACUCAAUAAAUAAUGUCAGAAAGGACGAUCCAACGCUUCUGUCUUCAGGGAGAGUGCAGCUGGUUGUGGGGGAUGGAAGAAUGGGAUAUGCCGAAGAAGCCCCUUAUGAUGCUAUUCAUGUAGGAGCCGCAGCCCCUGUUGUGCCCCAGGCACUACUAGACCAGUUAAAGCCUGGCGGGAGAUUGAUAUUGCCAGUUGGUCCUGCGGGUGGAAACCAGAUGCUGGAGCAGUAUGACAAGCUGCAGGACGGCAGUGUCAAAAUGAAACCUCUGAUGGGAGUGAUCUACGUGCCUUUAACAGACAAAGAAAAGCAGUGGUCCAGGACUUCCGGUGCCAUGUUGAAUAAAAGUGACGAGAGUGGGCACCCUUGUCUUGUUCCUGAUCUUAGAGGAAAGGCUGUCAGCUUUUCCCCAUUGAGUGUGGUGUUAGCUGUGGGCUUGUCAUAUGUGGCCUUAAUUAUGUUGAGGGACGAACUGUAAAAGCAACAUCAGCUUGACCAGUAAAUAAUAUUACAGUGGAUUGCUCAUCUCAGUCCUCAGAGCUUUUUGAAAACCAACAGCAUCACAGCUUGUUUUGGACUUUGUUACACUCUUAUUUUCAGCAUGAAAAUGUGUGGUUUUGUAGGGUUUCUCAUUCUUCAAAGAGGCACAGAAGCCAAAUUGGUAGAGGAGGGGUGCAAGGUAUAAAUUUGUGUAUUGUUACUUUAACAUGCCCACAUUUUACUUUAAAAUAUUAAAAGAAGGGGUUCUGCAAAAUGGACAACUUAGUUUAUGAAUUGAUUUUGAAGAGUGGUUUUUCUUUUCUUAGACACUUAAUUCUGUUCCAAUAUGAAUUUAUGAGAUUGCUUUUGUGCAUCAGAUAACACCACCAUUCACCAGUUCAGAUUCUUGGUUUUUGGAUGUCUCUUAGAUGCUUUUGUAAAGCUUUUGCUGUGGUGUCAUAGACUAGCAUGCUGUAGAUCCAGUCGGCUGCUCUGUUACCAUACAACUAAGCCUUUGUCAAUAUUGACACUUAAGAAGACGGCAGGUGAUGCCCCUGAAAACCCUCAGCCGUUCAGAUUGGACAUAAUUGACGUAGUUCUUUCUUUCUCUCUUUAACAAGUAUAGGAGACUUGUAGCUCAGUAUUGUUUUUCUGUUUCUAAUUUGCUGCUGAUAAUGUAUAUGAAUUUAACAUGCUGUGUAAGCUGUGUCCUAGUUACUGAACAGUUUAUGCAGUGCUGCUUUGCCAAAUAAAGUUAAAAGUAAAAGAGGC